UUCACAUCUUCUUCACAACCCUCAACCAUUUCAUAAUUCUCACUACCCCAAUUACCAAUCAUUCUUCAUUAUCAUGGCAACCGAAGUGAGUUCUGAAGAUCCGAAAAUGGAACCAAAUUCCGAACACAUCAUUGCUCCACUUCAAGAACCUGAAGCUGAAAAUGUGACAGCUCAAGAAAUUGCUCAAGAAAAUAAGGAAAUUGACGAAGAAGAUAAUAUUGUAUCAUCGUCACCGAAACCUGAGACGAAUCUGAUCUCUGAUCUUAAAGAAAGUGAGAAGCAGGCAUUGUCUGAAUUCAAGUCCAAGAUUGAUGAAGCUAUUCUGCUUAACAAACUCUUCCAGGAGACAAAAGAGAAAGAAAAGGAAGUUGUAAUAACAUCACCAAAAGAUGGAGAAGAGAAAGAUCAGAAAGAAAAACCCGCGAUUGUCGACGAAGAGAAGGUCGAAAAAUCGGAGGCAGAGGUGGAAAAUGAAGUCGUGGAUGCAAUUCAAGAAGUGACAAAGGAAGAAGAACAUGUAGCCAAGCUCGACGCGGCUACGGAGGAGAAGGCUAAUCCUGAAAAAGCUGAGCCUGUGAUUCAUGUAGACCAAGACAUUGCACUGUGGGGCGUUCCAUUACUAGCCAGCAAAGGUGAUAACAGAACUGAUGUCGUGCUACUCAAGAUACUCAGGGCUAGAGAGUUCAGGGUUAACGAUGCUUAUGAGAUGUUGAGAAAUAUUCUGAAAUGGCGAAAGGAGAAUAAAAUUGAUUCGAUUUUGGAUGAAGAAAUUGAUGUUGAUCUUACUUUAUUCGCCUACGUUGAAGGAAAUGAUCGGAGCGGACAUCCGGUUUGUUACAAUAAUUUCGUGGUGCUCGGAAAUGAGGAAAUGAUCAAUGGCAAAACAUUUGAAGAGAAGCGUGAGAAGUACAUCAGAGGAAGGAUUCAGCUGAUGGAGAAAGCCAUUCAGAAGCUUGAUUUUACGGCUGACGGCGUAUGCACAUUGCUCCAAAUCAACGAUCUCAAGAACACUCCGUUACCUACACGAAAAGAUAUCCGUAGCGCCUCCAAGAAAGCUGUCGAGCUAUUCCAGGAUAACUAUCCUGAAUUCGUCGUUAAAAACAUCUUUAUCAAUGUUCCGUUCUGGUACUACGCAUAUAGCGCACUCUUCGCGCCUUCCUUAUCUCAAAGAACCAGGAACAAAUUCGUGUACGCCCGCUCAACCAGAGUGCUGGACACCUUGCUGAAGUACAUUGCUCCGUCGCAGAUUCCCAUUCAAUACGGAGGACUGAAACGCGACAAGGAUUCAGAUUUCUCAGUUUCAGACGAAGCAAACGAAGUUUUUAUCAAAUCUGGAGCACAAGAAAUCAUAGAAAUCCCUGCACCUCAGGUGGGGAAUGCAAUAAUGUGGGAUGUGAUGGUAUCUGGUUGGGAAGUAGACUACAAGGAGGAGUUCGUACCGGCCGACGAGAGUUCGUAUACUAUAAUUGUUCAGAAGAGUCGGAGGAUUAGUCUGCAGGAUGGGACAAUUCGGAACGCGUUCACUAACAAAGAACCUGGAAAGAUUGUGAUAAGUAUUGAGAAUGGAGCAUUCAAAAAGAAGAGGGUUCUGUAUCGGUACAAGAUUAAGACUACUCCUGCAUCAUCAUCAUCAUCUUGAAGAUGCCACUAGUCUAUGUUAUUUUGUUGAUUGUUGGCUUGUUGUUUAGGCAAAUAAUAGAGGGAUGAGGAAAAGGCUUGUGUUUUCAUUACUGUUUACGUUUAUUUUAUGUUUUUUCGUAUUGUAAUAAUUUUGCAUUAAUAUAUUGGUUUGGUUUUUUUCA